AUUCGUUUUGCGUGAUUGCACAUGUUGGCAUGCUAUAAGUUUAAUAAGGGGCACUCCAUAUUUACUUACUGAGUUUAUCUCAUAGUUUUUCCUUGUCUACCAUUUCAGGAAGUGAAACCGAGGACGGGAAAACCACGGGAAGUGACGAGUUAGAAAGCUAGCCAUUUCGAGAUUGAUAUAGAUUUUAGAAAUAAAUCGUGAUUUUGUAAGCUAGAGUGUAUUUGGAGAUUUAUGAUAUCAGAGAAAUUUUAAUGAUUUGAUCUUCAGAUUUUGAUGGUAUCAGAUUAUGAUAUGAUAAGUUCCGAGCCUUAUGCAUUUGUGGGACCCUCUCACGAGUGCACGGCGUCUGUCGCGCCUCGAAUUCGGGUUUUGGGGCGUGAUAGAUUUAGUGUGGAAGGUGGGCAACCCUCGACUUUGUAAGAGAUUCCAGGCUAUUUUAGCAAAUGUUGUGUGUUUUCUAGCUGCGUUUUAGGAGCUGGAUUACUUGGUAAUUCCGUUGCUCCUUAUCUCUCUAAAAGUCUUAUAGUGAAGUUUCACUUUUUCCAUUUGGAGCUUCAUGGUCUUUUCAUGUGGCUCAUUUUUUCUAUAUUGGUUAAUCAAGAAUAGUGAUCAUUCAAUUGAAAUUGCCAUAUUUUUGUGAAGAUUGGCAAGUUGUUGUAAAGUUAAACUCUCUAUGGUUGCCAAUCUCUAUAUUCUUGAUACUUGGAAAUUGCUUGAAACUCCUAAAAUCCGUCUUGAAUCUUUCUUGAUACUGCUUUGUACUUGUUCUUGAAACUGAAAUCCAGAAAUGGAUAAUGAUUAUUGAAAUCCUCAUUAUCUUGAUUCUUGUCUGAAAUUAAUUCUUGCAUUGUUCUUGAAAUCUAGUUUGAAUUGUCCUUGAAAACCACUCUUGUCCUGACCCUUGCUCUUGUUCAAAUUCUGUAUACUGCUCUUGCUCAAAUCCUGUAUAUUCUGCUAGUUCUUGUUUCGAUAUACCUAUUGAUCUUCUUGAUGUUGAUUUUUGUUCAUAUGGACACCUCUUUAGGAGGGGUGACGAUUAUCAGAAGAUACCUAUAUGAGGUAUCCUAAUUCCUGUCUCUUGCAAGUGUUAAUCUCUGUAUCCUUGAUGUCUUAGCUUUGAUUUGACUCUAGGAUGUCUAGGAUCACUUGAUUGUAAAUCUGCUUAGCCUCUAUGGGCUACGAGGUGAAGGGGUAGUCUUUGAAGUACCUGAUGCCCUAGAGUUUUGUUGCAAGAGAAAUGAUUCUUUUAUCUGGUUACUUGGAUUUUUGUUUGCCCUUUUAAUUAGAAGACAUGAAUCUUCUAAGCAUCUUGAUCCCAGCCAUUGCUUUGUUCUGUUAAUUAAUUCUAGUAUUUGAG